UAAAGAUGAAACAUUGCAUCAGCAUUAUAGUAUAUACAUUGCCUUUGUUAAAUAAGCAAUUAUUUGUGUUCGGAACUUAUAUUCUUGCAAGAAACGUUUUUGGACGAACUCUCUACAACAGACCUUUGACAACAUAGACAAGAAGGCGCGGGGUAUAUUUUUAUCUCAAUAUACGGGAAAAGACACUCAGUUCGUGUUAAAACUGAAUUAAAAUUGGUUACCUUAUAGUUUUGUUAAUCAAUACAAAGAAUGUUAAAGAAAGAAAGUUUGUAAAUCAGUGAGAAGUACGAAAAGGUGUUACCAACCCAGCUGGAGCGAGAGAGGAAGGGUAAUUCGAAUUGUGUCUGAAAAAUAAAGCAUAGCAAGGAAGAAUCAGAUCUGAAAAACAUACGCAGAACGUACGCGUUCCUGAACAGUUCAUAAGACGGACAAAGAUACCAAACAAUACAUUAUUUAGAGAGGACAUCAAGGCGGUAACCAUAACUAGUACUGUUAAAAACAAUACACAUUUAUCAAGAUUUGAAUCGAACUAGAAAUCUCUAGAAAGGGAUCUUCCACAAUUUAUACCGUACAGAAAAAAUAAUAUUUGCCAUCAUGACAAAAGAGACAUCAUCGCUCACCACUGGGCAGCCCGUCCAUCAUGCGAGUAGCGGGCCCAGGGAGCCAAUGGCCAAGCGGGCUUGUUUGAGAGUGGUCAAGGGUUUGAUGGACAACCUACUUCUUUUCACCACACUUUUUGGCGUCAUAUUCGGGUUUGUCCUUGGUUUUGCAGUACGACCUUCACAUCCUUCCGAGGAAGCGUUAAUGUGGAUCGGUUUACCCGGUCAGCUGUAUCUGCGGCUGCUGAAGAUGAUGAUUAUUCCCCUAAUUGGAUGCAGCGUUAUAUGUGGGGCGGCAGCGCUGGACCCGAAAGCCAAUGGAAAGAUCAGUUUAAUAGCAUUAGUUUUCAUUAUCUCCACAAAUGCUCUUGGCUCGGCAAUGGGAAUAGGAUCCGUUUACAUGUUCAACCCUGGGAAAGGUGAAGAACGACAUGCGGACACGAACAUCGAGGGGAACAUGCAGACUGGCGAUAUUCUGGCUGAUCUUAUCAGAAACAUAAUUCCAGAUAACCUGUUUGAAGCAACGUUCGCUCAAACUCAGACAAAAUAUAAAAUUGAAACACGCUUAGUUGAGGUCAACACCACAGACGGCAUAAAGAACGAAACAAUGAAGACCACGAAAAGGUACCUCGGCAAGAUGGACAACGCUAAUAUCAUAGGGCUCAUAUUCGCCUGCACGUUGCUGGGUUUAGCAGCAGCUGGGUUGAAGGAAAAGGGGAAACCUUUUUUGGAUUUCAUUUCCUCAGUAUCAGACACUGUGAUUGUUGUCGUUCGAUGGUUCAUGUGGACCACCCCUGUGGGAGUGAUCAGUCUUAUCGGGGUCUCAAUCGCCAGUAUCGACAGUGUUCAGGAUGUUUUCGCCCAGCUAGGACUCUUCAUCGCUGCCAUCACGGUCGGCAUUGCAGUCCAGCAGCUUGUUGUCAUGUGCGCCAUUUUCUUCGUCUUCACUCGGCAAAAUCCUUACAAGUUUCUCCUCAGUAUUGCACGACCUUGGAUGAUCGCCUUCGCCGCCACUAGCACAGCGGUUGCUAUACCGGAAAUGAUUGCUGCCUGCGAAGGAAAGAACAAUAUUGACAAACGGGUAGCUCGGUUCGUCAUUCCGUUCAGUGUCACUAUCAGCUGCAACGGAAGUGCUAUGUAUAUCGCUGGAGCUACGUGCUUCGUAGCAAACUUAACCGGCACGCCGCUGAACAUCGCCGACGGCCUAUUGAUCUGGUUACUGGUGACCAUCUCAGCGAUGGCCAUCCCGUCAGUACCUAGUGCAAGCAUUAUGACAACUAUCAUGGUCUUGUCGUCCAUGAACAUUCCUGCCGAAGACAUUGCCUUGCUUCUCGCCAUCGAGUGGUACCUGGACCGUCUUCGAUCGACAAGCAGUGUUGUGAGCCACACGAUCUGUACCGCCGUAGUUUAUAGCCUUUGCAAGGGCGACCUGGACAAAAUUGAUGAAAAACAUCACAUGCCGAGAAACGAAACAGACGUCACAAUCGUUAUUGACAACAGCGCGAUGGACGACGACAUUAAACUGAAUGGAAAAACGAGAGGCUCCACUAAUGGUGCAACUCUUGGAGGGUCAUUUAAUUCCAUGCAGUCGUCUUUUGGGUCCAGUGAAUCUAGUGUGUAAACUUCGUAUAUCCAAGCAAAGAGAUGCGUGUAUCCUUAUAGACAGCGAAGGCACGCCUGUUAAACAAUACACUCAUAUUGGUGUGUCUGCGUCUUUCCAUGUAGUUCUUGCAGUGAGGGAAAUGACAUUGAGUUUUCAUGAUAUUAAUUAUUUAAAAAUAAUUACGUGUAGGCGCGUUAAUUCUUUUAAUUAUAUCAUUGUGGAAAGCCAUUUUAUAUCAAACAUUGUUUUCUUUUAACUUGUACAGAUGAAAACGGGUGUUAAAGGUGUAGAACAAUUUUGUCUCAAACAACAUGUUAACAUUUUUUUGCACCCUUUAUGGUGCAAUUUCUAUAAUCAUUUUAAUGGUGGAGUUACUCAGUAACUGUGUUAUUAUGCGUUAUAUACAUGUAUAUAGUUUAUAUAACGUUCUCACAGAUAUAUGGACCGUAUGACAUAUCACGACAUAUAUAGUUAUAGUUUUAAAUAAUAUAUUGAUUUUUAUGCAUUUACAUAUAUACAUCUGUAGGCAUGUACAUGUGUGUUGAAGCCAUACAAUACACAAAGAGCCUGUGGGUUUUGGGGAGGGUGCAAAUCUCGUCAACUACUUUUUGAGUCAUGCAACAUGUGUAAAGUGUACUCAUUCAUUUUAAUGCGUCUUGCCGAUAUGUGUUUAAAAUUUGUGACCUUUUAAGUGUGUGCAAGCACAGGCAUCUGAAUCAUUGUUUGUCAUUAAAAUAUUGUUUAAAACCAUUUUGGGUACAUACAAUGAGAUAAACAACACAUCUGAAGAUAUUUAGUGUCUUUGAUAUACAAAAAAGAAACAAGGUAUGUAACUCAAACUUACCCGAUUUCACGGUAGAGUCCAGUUUUAUGUAAAUUUCUCAACCAACAUAUAAACAAUCCAUUUUUAAAUAAGUGACAUGGAAAGAAGAGUCAAUUAUCUUUAAAAUGGUGUGCGAUAUGUUGGUAUAACUAUAUUGUCUUUAGACAAACAAGCAUAAUUCAAUGUCAAAUUCUCAUGUUUUUCUUUAGUCGGAGUACAGCAAAUUAAAAUCUUCAAUUUUCCCCGUGUAAACAGUACUGAACACAGACCUAUUAAAGUUAUUUUAUGCUUCAGUGUACAGAUAAAUUAAUUCCAUGCCAUAAUAUCAAAUAUUGAUGCUUGGUCACUCCAACAGUAUGUACGAUAUACGCUUCCAUGGGGUCAUCUUCUAUACCACUGUGGUUUUGGUUUUCAUUUCAUGUGCUCGUUAACAGGGUAGUCAUCGCAUUAAGCUUAUACAUGUCUCGACUAGCUUUACAAUAAUACUGGGCAUAGUGCAUUUAGAUCUCUAUCAUUAUAAACUUAUAUACGCUUGAUGUGUUUGACAAGUACAUUUAUCAAUAGGUGUUAUCAAACAAUUUUUUUUUGCGUGCACUAUACUUAUCGUCACUAACUACCGCGCGCAAACAUACAUGACGUCGACGGUCUACCGCGCGCAAACAUACGUGACGUCGACGGUCUACCGCGCGCAAACAUACUCACAUGACGUCGACGGUCUACCGCAUACGUAUAUAUGACGUCGACGGAAAGGCACAUGGGGUGCUCAAGUAAAGCAAACAAUGCUUACUAUUUGAAAUGAUACUUUUCCGUGUUUAAUUGAAUUAAAUAUAUUUACAUGUGCUGUGUGCAGGGGCCUUUUUGCACUGUACAUAUAUAUGUCAUACGUAUUUAAUUUUGUUAAAUGUGUAUGUACAAUUAUUUCGUUAUAUACACAUUAUAUUUAUGUGAAUGUUGUCAUAUCUUUAUCAAAUCACAGAUAAAUAAAUGGAAACUAUGAAUGUA